AAGAGGUGGCAGAACCAGACAAUGAGACUGAGGGAUAAGGAGGCAGAGAGCGGGGCACUUACCUUGCCCAGACCAUGACAGGACAGAGGAGCUUACACUUUGCCCCCCCCAGUAACCUGUGAAUCUGUUGCCCCCGCUGGGAGGCAGAUCGGGCGAUGAUUCCGGCGAUGAUUCUCUGCUUGGGCUCCGGGCUGUGGUGCUGAAAUGGACAGUUCCCUGCAGCUCAACGGCUCCUGGAGAUCCGGGGACAACGUUCCGGGGGUGCCCGACUUCUCCUGGACCGUCUUCCUGGCUGUUCUGAUGGGGGUUCUGAUAGUCAGCACCGUGCUGGGGAAUGCUCUGGUCAUGCUGGCUUUUGUAGUGGACUCCAGCCUCCGAACCCAGAACAACUACUUCCUCCUCAACCUGGCGAUCUCCGACUUCUUUGUAGGGGCCCUGUGCAUCCCUCUGUACGUCCCCUACGUGCUGACCGGCCGAUGGGGCUUCGGCAGGAGUGUGUGCAAGCUGUGGCUAGUGCUGGACUACCUGCUCUGCACCUCGUCCGUCUUCAACAUCGUACUCAUCAGCUACGACAGGUUCAUCUCUGUGACCCGGGCAGUCAGUUACCGAGCUCAGCAGAGCAACAGCCGACACGCGGUCCUGAAGAUGACCAUGGUGUGGAUCUUGGCCUUUCUCCUGUAUGGACCAGCCAUUAUCACGUGGGAAUAUAUCGCCGGGGGAAGCAUCAUCCCAGACGGGGAAUGCUUUGCCGAAUUCUUCUACAACUGGUACUUCCUCAUGACGGCUUCCACCCUGGAGUUCUUCACACCAUUCAUCAGUGUGACCUACUUCAACGUCAGCAUCUACAUGAACAUCCAGAAGCGGACCAAGGCGCGGCUGGAUCUUCUACAGGAAGCCCAAAGUCACACCAAUACCGACAACAUCAAGGUGCCUCCUGAGAAAGCCAGGUCCAGCUCCUUGAAAUGUUGGAAGCUGCAUCAGAAGAUGGCCAGAUUCGGUGGGUCUGAUCACCAGAAGACCAUUAAGUUAACGGAAUCAGAAAUGAUGGAACGGGUGCGGGGAAUGAAAAGAAACUCUCUAAAUGGGAGCACAGUGACUGCCAUGGGUAAAUCAAGGUCUGCCAGGAGGAGUUUUAACGAGUCUAGCUCCACCCCAUCUCUGGAGAAAAAGAUGAGGGUGGUUUCUCAAGGAAUUGCUCAACGGUUCCGCCUAUCAAGGGACAAAAAAGUUGCAAAGUCACUAGCAGUUAUAGUGUGUGCAUUUGGACUCUGUUGGGCACCAUACACUCUUCUGAUGAUUAUUAGGGCUGCCUGUAGGGGGCACUGUGUUCCCAAUUACUGGUACGAAGCUUCCUUCUGGCUCCUGUGGGUCAACUCUGCCGUCAACCCCAUCCUUUACCCGUUGUGCCACAACAGCUUCAAAAGGGCAUUUAGGAAGAUCCUUUGCCCCCAAAAACUCAAACUCAAAGCCAACGGUAAGUUCCAUUACUGCUGGAAGUGAGCGUGUUCGUAUUUUAGAUACACAGAUGGAGAUUCCAGGAGUCAUGUGGGGUUUUUUUUGGGGGGGACACUCUCCUGAAAACGAGCAGCGAGUAAUGGAAACAGCCCCGUCGGUUCCGCACUUGGUUCCAUCGCAAUGCUUGCAACACAAGACUCUCCUAUUCUUCAUCGUCCGUGGCCAAUAAGGUUCCUCCGCCUGCUGUGAUGGUCAGUACGGGAGGUGGUGCUUGAGUAUUUUGUGCCAAUAGGAAAAGACGAUGCCUACCUACUGUGACCUCAUGGAUAUAGGAUUGGACUGGUCCUACACCACCACCACCAUCAUCAUCAACCCCCUCCCUGCAUACCUUCUCCUUGUUAGUUCAGCACUAUGGAAAAUUCCAGGCACUUUAUUAAUAGAUAAUUAUUUGAUUUCGUGAUUGGAAGGCAAAUAUCGAACUGGUAAACAAGCGUCAAUCAGCCACUGAUAAUGCCCCUGCCGACUGCAGCGUGGGGGGUUGAAACACGUGUGAUGGCCGGGGGGCAUUUCUCUGAUAGGACGAGCUGCCUCCUACCGUCCCAUGUCAUUACUCGUCAGCGGCAAAUGCAAUCAGUGCCAAAGUAGCAAACGAGACGGGCCUCGAUGUACUACAUGGUUGUAUCAAACCACGGCCAAGGCAGGGCUCGUUAGCUUGUGUUCCGAUACAACUUGCCAACAUUGGAAUUACAGGAAUAUUUUUACAGCAUGGGAGCCACAUUCAUCUAUAUGGUAUUUUGUACUAAGCACAAUUCAGCAGGAACAGCCCCUCUACAGCCUGUACAGAGAGAUACCAUAAUACUAUUGAGC